CCAGGAAGUAAACGAGUUAACUAUUGUUUCUGGUGUAUAUUUUAACUUUACUUAUAUUUUAGUUAGAUUUAUUUAAACCGGAAUAUUUCAUGUGGCCGAUAUGUUUAAGCUGAACCCACUAGCGGUGAGGAGGAAGUGAUCCAGUGAGAUUAAUGGAGCCCGCAUUUGAUUAUUUUGUUCAUUAAAAGCCACUGGUUUUAGUUUGUCACGUGGCAACAUGUUUUCAUUCCAACUGAACAUAAAUUUUAGAGCGCUGCUUGGCGUCGCUUUUGUUAUACGUUUAUUUUUGGUGGGUUUUGGGAUUUAUCAAGACAAAACCAUGGUGGUCAAAUACACCGAUAUCGAUUUUCAUGUCUUUUUAGACGCAUCCAGACUUGUAAUGCAGGGUGAGUCUCCAUACAACAGGUCCACCUACCGGUAUACACCACUCCUGGCAUGGAUGUUAUCACCGAGCAGCUAUUUGACCUCUCACUUUGGGAAGCUGCUAUUUGUGAUUUGUGACGUACUCUCCGGUGUCCUUUUAUACCACAUAUUGACUCUUCAAGGUUUAUCCAGUGAUGCAGCCUGUCGUUUCUCAGCUCUCUGGCUUCUGAAUCCUUUACCAAUUGGCGUAUCGACGCGUGGGAAUGCUGAAGCACUUUUGGCUGUUUUGGUCCUGUCCACUCUCUUGUGUUUACAACUGAAGAGACAUUUAACAGCAGCAUUUCUCUAUGGUCUCUCUGUCCAUAUGAAAAUCUAUACAGUAAUAUAUGCCCUUCCCAUCGCCCUCUUCAUAUCAAAUCACAAGGAAUUGCAGAACCGUUACAGAGGUGUUUUUAGGGUUCUCCAAAGCCUUUUCAAUAAGGAUCUGGCUCUAUUUGCUGUCGUUGCAGGAGCUGUGUUUCUUGGACUGACUUUGACCUUUUAUUGCAUGUAUGGCUGGGAUUUCCUCCAAGAAACCUACCUCUAUCACUUAACAAGACGGGACAUUCGUCAUAAUUUCUCCCCAUACUUCUACAUGUUUUACUUAACAGUGGAGAGUGACUGGAGCUUUGUUCUGGGUCUGGUGACGUUUCUUCCCCAGGCUAUACUCUUGCUCCUUACCUCUCGAGCCUUCUAUACUGACCUGCCUCUCUGCUGCUUCCUCAACACAGCCCUGUUCGUCAGCUUCAACAAAGUCUGCACCUCGCAGUAUUUUCUGUGGUACUUGUGUUUACUGCCUCUGGUCCUGCCACACCUGAGACUCACAAUAAAGCAAGGGAUUGAGCUACUGCUGUUGUGGUUCACUGGGCAGGGCUUGUGGUUGGCACCGGCUUACUACUUGGAAUUUGAAGGACGCAACACGUUUGUGUUUAUAUGGUUUGCUGGCCUGCUGUUCCUCAUCAUCAACUCGGUGGUAAUGGUCCAGAUCAUCAACAAUUACAUACCAAAAGCAGUUGUUCAACAAAAAAAGAAAAUGAAAUAAAGGCUGGAAUGAGGAUUAGGGAACAAAUAAUUGAAUGUGUUUUCACUGUGUAUGUUCAUUUAAAUGUUAGCUUAUUUUCUUACAUCUGUUUCUAUUGUCUGGCAAAAUGGCCUUAAACAGAAUAGCAAAGGCAGGUCCUUUUAGUAGGCAGGUUUACAGUUUCUUGUUGAUCUGUGUUAUAAUCUAGUAGCACAUAAGUAGCCUAUGUGAAAAGGCCAAGUUUCCAUUUGUUCCAGUUCCAUUUUUAACGUUGACUUGUUUGUAUUUCUUUACUGGUAUGGAGCAUAGAAAUAACAGGUGAAAAAAGGGUGUUUUUUCUUUCUUUUUUGUAAAAUAAGAAGAGCACGCUGUGUAAUUUUUCAGGAAACACAUACUGUUUGGACUAUUCAGUGGGGAAUAAAAAUCUAUCCAGACAU